GACUGGGCGAGCGGCCGGGCCUGUGCUCGAAGGGCGGGGUCUGGGGCGGAGUGCGGCGACCAUGCAGGCGGCAGACGCAGACGCAGGCGGCCGGGCGGGCGGCGCCGACAACAGCCUGGAGGGCCAGGGCCAGGGCGGCUGUGGCGGCCUUUGCAGCGCAGGCACGGAGGCCGCGGUCGCCGGCGCAGCUCCGCAUGUCCCGCGACCACAGCACGCCCCGGGGCCAGGCGGAGAUGCCCUCUCCACGACCGGAAGGCCGGAAACCCGAAUACACAUAUUCGCCCUCGGCGUGCCUUUCCCGUCCCACUUGGAGGCGGAGAUCGCCUGUGCGUCCUUGGCCCCAGAUCGUGAACCGCACGGAGGCAUCGUGGAGAAGCAGCUCACCGUAACUGACAGCGUCCUGGCCAUCCGCUGGAGAGCUGAAAACUCUCGCCUCCUCCGAAUUUCCAUCAUCAACUUUCUUGACCAGCUUUCCCUGGUGAUUCGGACCAUGCAGCGCUUCGGGCCCCCUGUUUCCCGCUAAGCCUGCGCUGGCGAAAGGGGGCUAAGGUCUAGUCUCGUGUCCCCCGUCUGGGCGGUCCGUCCUUCCUAGGGCAGUGAUUCCUGCACUAGCUGCCACCUGAGGUUGGGGGCCUGCCUGGUGUUCUGAGGGCAAUGAGGGCCCGAGCCCUUGGGCACUCAUGGUCCCCUUGUUUUGUUUGCCAUUUAAAUGUUUGCUACUGCAGAAAAUAAAACUGAGUUUUGCUA